AUGGGGGAGGUAACGGGGCUGAACAAUUUAGAAAAUAUGUACAACAACUGCCAGGCCACACCCGAGGGCUCAGCACUCCGGGAGCCCCUCCAGCCUCAGCAGGGGAACGGGACAGAGCAGGCACCUCAUCUGCCACCUGCUGCCCCCACAUCGUGCUGCGUCCCCACCCGCUCCGACAGACCUCUCUGUCAGCGGGGAGGGGCUGAGGACACUACGGAGGAAGCGUCCAAAGCCACUGUCCCUGUGUCCCUGUCUGCCAACAGGAAGGGACAGGGAGGGCUGGCUCAGAGCCCCGCACUCUGGGAGCCGCCCCCUGUGGCCCAGGGCUAUGGGGACGCGGGCAGAGGAGCCCCAGUGGCCCUGGCGGAGAGCCGUGGUGCUUUGAAAGCAUCCGCCGGAUGCCUACGACCCCGCUCCGACUCAGCUUCCCGAGUUCCGCGACGCAGAUCCCAAAAGCGGCUGAGCGUCCCCAUCCCCGCGCCCCCGGAGCGCUCCGACGGGGGCCUGGCGCUGCCCGCAGAGCGCCUGGCGCUGCUGCCGCACGGCGAGGACCGCGGCGAUGCCGCGCUGGAGCCCGGGGACGACGUGCACUCGGCGGCGCUGGAGCUGAGCACGGCGCUGCGCUUCUACGGCGCGGCCGUCCACUCCCUCUAUGUUACCACUAAUGGGAUUAUUGCAGUGAAUGAACCCUCAAGUGAAGAAAAAUACCUUGGUCAAUUCCCAGUGAGUUUUGGGGCUAUUGCUCCUUUUAUGGCUGACCUGGACACAACAGGUGGACGUGGAAAUGUGUAUUACAGGGAAGAUUCAUCCUCAGAUGUCUUGCAACUUGCAUCAGACUAUAUCAAAAGAGGUUUUCCUGAGAUUGCUUUUGAUCCCAGCAGUGUUGUUAUUGUUACCUGGAAGCUUGUGGCUCCUUUCCAGGCACCUGGAGAUGAUCAUGCUUUGGAAGAAAAGAGAAACACAUUCCAGGCUGUCUUAGCGUCUUCUGAUUCCAGUUCCUAUGCUAUUUUCCUGUAUCCAGAAGAUAGCCUGCAAUUCUAUAGCACAUACUCCAAGAAUGGUGAUGAAAAUAUUCCUGCUAUGGUUGGCUUUAGUCAAGCCUCUACAAACUACUACUUUUGGGAAAAGCCAGGAUCCUUCAAUGUCAUUGCAAAUGAUGAAGACAGCAUUAGAAACCUGUACAAAAGCAGCAAUGCUGGGAAGCAGGGCGUCUGGGUGUUCGAGAUUGGUAGCUCAUCUGACAGUAUUGUGCCUGCCAAAAUCAGCAAUACUUUGGAGAGCAUAGAGCCCAACGAAGAAGACCAGGAGAUGACUUCUAAGCCCUUUAUGUCUGACUAUGGUUCCACUGAAAUAACACAGCAGUAUAUCACAAGUAGUACAGACAGCACUGAAGAGGAUCACCACCUUGUCACAUACAGUGUUCCUCAGUUAGGUGAAGACUUUCUGACUUCAUACCAAGAUGUAACAGGAACACCUUCAACUGAGUCAUUUUACAGUCCUCAAAAUUUCCCGACAGCAAAAGCUCCACCUCGCCAGUUUAGAAUCCAGCAGUUUCCCCCACAGCCACCUCAAGUCAUAGAUGUGGAAGAAUUUGAUGAAACUGGAAUAGUGUUUCGCUACCACACAGAUGUCCAACAGACCUGUGCUAACAACCGUCACCAGUGCUCUGUUCACGCGAUUUGCAAGGAUUAUCCCAACGGGUUUUGUUGCAGUUGUAUUGCUGGUUACAAAGGAAAUGGCAGACAGUGUGUAGCAGAAGGUUCUCCUCAGAGAGUCAACGGCAAGGUCAGAGGAAGAAUCUUUGUAGGAAACAACCCUGUUCCAGUUGUAUUUGAGAACACUGAUCUCCACUCCUAUGUUGUGAUGAACCAAGGGCGUGCCUACACUGCUAUCAGCACAAUCCCAGAGACUUUGGGGUAUUCUUUACUACCUCUUGCCUCUAUUGGAGGUAUCAUAGGAUGGAUGUUUGCUGUGGAACAGCAAGGAUAUAAAAAUGGAUUCAGCAUUACUGGUGGUGAGUUUACACGGCAAACAGAAGUAACUUUUCUCAGCAACAAUGAGAAGCUGGUUGUAAAGCAGAAGUUCAGUGGCAUUGAUGAGCAUGGUCACCUUACCAUCAGCACAGAAAUGGAGGGCAGAAUACCUGAGAUCCCAUCUGGGUCAUCAGUCCAUAUAGAGCCGUACACUGAACUCUACCACACUUCUAGUUCUGUAAUCACUUCAUCGUCCUCGAGGGAGUACACAGUGACAGAGCCAGAAAGGGAUGGAGCUGCCUCCACGUACACGGGUGCCUAUCAGUGGCGCCAGACCAUCUCCUUUGAUGAAUGCAUCCACGAUGACGCCCCCCCUUCUACUCCUGCCACUCAGCAGCUCUCGGUGGACAGUGUGUUUGUCCUGUACAACAGAGAUGAGCAGAUCCUGCGAUAUGCCAUGAGCAAUUCCAUCGGCCCCAUCAGUGAAGGUUCUGCUGAUAUUAACCGGAAUCCUUGCUACACUGGCACUCAUAACUGUGACACCAACGCCGUGUGCCGUCCAGGAACUGGAAAUCGUUUCUUCUGUGAAUGUUCGAUCGGCUUCCGUGGAGAUGGAAACGUUUGUUACGAUAUUGAUGAGUGUUCAGAGCAGCCAGGGCUGUGUGGAAGCAAUGCAGAGUGCAACAACCAGCCAGGAACCUACCGCUGCGAGUGUGCUGAGGGAUACCAGUUUGCAGCAGAUGGGCGGACUUGUGUUGCUGUGGAGUAUGUGGUAAACCACUGCCAGAGGGGCACACACAACUGUGACAUUCCUCAGCGUGCCCAGUGUGUGUACACUGGAGGGUCUGCCUACAUCUGCACAUGCCUCCCUGGCUUCUCUGGAGAUGGCCGUGCCUGUGAGGAUGUAGAUGAAUGUCAACAGGGCCACUGCCAUCCAGAUGCUUUCUGCUACAACACUCCAGGGUCCUUCAGCUGCCACUGCAAGGCAGGUUAUCGUGGGGAUGGUUUCCGAUGUGUGUUAGGAGAAGUAGAAAAGACUAAAUGCCAGCAUGAACGUGAAGUAGCUCUUGGCAGUGGCGGUGCUUUCUUCCAAAGAGAUGCAAGAGUUGGUCACUUCAUUCCCCAGUGUGAUGAGCAUGGGCAUUACCUGCCCACUCAGUGCCAUGCUGGCAGUGGAUAUUGCUGGUGUGUGGAUAGGGAUGGAAAUGAGAUUGACGGCACCAGAAGCGGCCCAGGAGUUCGACCACCAUGUCUGAGCACAGCUGCUCCUCCUGUUGUUAUUGGGCCCUCUGUUCGACCAGACACGGUACCUCUGCCACCAGGAACGCACUUGCUUUUUGCCCAAAGCGGUAAAAUUGAACAUGUUCCACUAGAGGGAAACAAUAUGAAGAAAAGUGAUGCAAAAGCACUCUUGCAUGUUCCAGACAAAGUUGUUAUUGGAGUUGCUUAUGACUGCGUGGACAAGAUGGUUUAUUGGACAGACAUCAGUGGCCCUUCGAUCAGCAGGGCCAGCCUGCAUGGCGGGGAGCCAACGACCAUAAUCAAAACAGACUUGGGAAGCCCUGAAGGGAUAGCUGUAGAUCAUCUAGGUCGCAACAUCUUCUGGACUGACUCUCAACUGGAUAGAAUAGAAGUGGCCAGGCUGGACGGGCGCCAGCGUCGCAUCCUUUUUGACACUGGUUUGGUGAACCCCAGGGCAAUUGUCCUGGAUCCUGUGAGAGGAAACUUGUACUGGACUGACUGGAACAGAGAAGCUCCUAAAAUUGAAACUUCAUACAUGGAUGGCACAAACAGAAGAAUUCUUGUUAAAGAUGAUCUUGGGUUACCAAAUGGACUGACAUUUGAUCCUUAUUCCUCAAUGCUGUGCUGGGUAGAUGCAGGUACCAAGAGGCUGGAAUGCAUGAACCCUAAUCAGCUUGGUCGACGAAAGAUUGUUGAAGGCAUCCAGUAUCCUUUUGGUGUUACAAGCUAUGGGAAGAAUUUAUACUAUACAGACUGGAGAAGGGAUGCUGUUGUAGCAGUGGAUCGCACGAUUUCGUUAGAAAAUGAUAACUUCCAGCCUCACAAGCGCUCACGACUCUACGGAAUCACCACAGCCUUUGCUCAGUGCCCAGGAGGACAUAACUACUGUACGGUGAAUAAUGGUGGUUGUACUCACCUCUGCUUGGCUACCCCAGGAGGCCGUACUUGCCGCUGCCCUGACAACACGGUUGGAGUAGAUUGUAUAGAAAGAAACUGAGCAUUAAAAUAAGCUUUAGAGCAGCAGA